CAGAAUAAUUCUAUAUACAUACAUUUGGUUUGGAUAUUGAGCAAUUAUCUUUGUUUUUUAUUUUUAUUUUUAAAUUUGCGUUACCUUUGACCUCGCCACUACGGUGUCCGCAAAGGAACAAACCGUACAGUAGUUCAAUUCAAAUCUCUCCUGUACUUCCUAUGUUAGUGCUCUUAAGUUCCAGCUUCUACACCCGAUUAAGUGCACUAUUAUAUUACUUAGUUAUUAAACAUCAUAUAAAACACAAUGGCUGCACUUCGUGGCUCAUCAGCUAAGUAUGUUUUGGGCAUUGAUUUGGGAACCACCUCGAUCAAAGUUGUGUUGUUUGACACCCGAUCAAAGACCGUGACUGACAGCUGCAGUUUACAGACCAACUCUGACGUCAUCGACGACAUGCAUGAACACGUCAAGGAGCAGGACCCUGUGCGGAUCAUUGCUGCUCUUGACCAGUGCAUGUGUGCUCUCCCUAAGGAAAAGCUGCAUGACGUCAUAUGCAUUGGGGUGUCAGGACAGAUGCAUGGUGUUUUGUUCUGGAAAUCUAACACAGCUUGUGAGUGGUACAGUAGUCAUGGAAGUCACAAAUUUAGACCUCAGGAUGUGAGUCACUUGAUCACAUGGCAGGAUGGCCGCUGCACAAGUGAUUUCCUGUCAUCGCUACCCAAACCUGAGUCACACCUAAAUGUGGCUACUGGCUUUGGCUGCGCCUCCAUCCUCUGGUACACCAAGCACAGCCCUGAAUGUCUUUCAAAGUUCAGUGUCUCAGGAACCAUCCAGGACUAUGUGGUGUCCAUGCUGUGUGGUUUGGAGGUGUGUCUCAUGAGUGCACAGAACGCUGCAAGCUGGGGCUACUUCAACACCACCAACAACCAGUGGAAUACAGAGAUUCUGCAAGGUGCAGGCUUCCCGGUGCACUUGUUGCCCACGCUGGUGGAUUCUGGGUCUAUAGCCGGUCAGACCUGCUGUGAGUGGCAUGGGAUUCCUGCCAACACACCUGUAGGAGCAGCUCUAGGAGAUUUCCAGUGCAGCGUUUACUCCUGUAUGACGGAUAAGACGGAUGCAGUAUUAAACAUGAGCACCUCGGCACAGUUGACAUUCUCCAUGCCUGCUGAUUUCAGCCCUGGAAAUGUGCCGGAUGCCUGCUCCCCCAUCGCUUACUUCCCUUAUUUCCACAACAGCUACCUGGCCGUGGCCGCAGCACUCAAUGGAGGCAACGUUCUGGCAGCGUUUGUAGGAAUGUUGACUUGUUGGAUGAAAGACUUUGGAGUGGAGGUCAGUGACUCUGAAGUAUAUUCCAAGUUGAUCGAGUGUGCCCUAACCCAACCCAGCACUGACCUCCGUGUGACCCCGACCCUGCUAGGAGAACGGCAUGACCCCAGCAGCCUCGCUGUCGUGUCCCACAUCUCCCCAACCAACCUCUCACUGGCUCACGUGACUCGUGCUGUUUGUGCAGGGAUCGUAGCUAAUCUAGCCGCUAUGAUGCCCCCACACGUGCUUUUGGGUGCAGGAGUGAAACGGAUUAUGGGUAGCGGGAGCGCUCUGUCUCGGAACGAAGCCUUGAGACAGGAAGUAGAGCAAACAUUCCCUUUCCCUGUAGUCUACGGGCAAGACGUGGACUCAGCAGUUGGAGUGGCAAUGGUUUUUAAUGAUAAGCUGUUAGGAAACGACUGACUUUAGAGUUAGCCACACACGCUACUUAGCAUGCACUAUAGACACACAGCACCUUUGCAGAUAUUAUUAUGUGCCAUUUACAGACUUGGCUGCUCACGUGUUUCUUAAAUUAAAAUAGGGAAUUCUAUGUGACCUUAAAAUCCAUUAGCACAUUCCUUAUAUUUUGGAUCCACAAUAAAAUCUUUGAUGUUCAUGUCAAUCCAUUUGGGUUACAUUACUACUUUGAGUAUUAAUUAAAUGGAAGGGAUUUUACAGAUCUGUACAUAUAUGUUAUUUAAUUAUUGAAACUGUAAUUAUUACAAUGUAAUUUGCUAAUUUAUUAUUGAUAUAAUAAUUUAUUAUUAAUUUUUGUUCAUUUAUUACCAUAACAUUUUUUUUUUGUUUCUUUUCUUUAACAAAUAUAAAGGACAUAUUGUGUAACAUUACAAAAUACACAAAACAUUAGUUAAUGUAAAGUAACAUUAACUAAUAUUUUACAUCUGGGAUGGACCUGGAAUCUCUCCCUCCCUCCUCUCUCUGUCUCUCUUUCUCUCUCUCCCUCCCUCCCUCUCUCUCGUGCGUGCUCUCAUACAGUGUUUGUGCUAUACACCAAUGACAUUUGGGUUUGCGAUCAAAAGAUGGAUAUGAGAUGAGGCUUUUGCCUCUCACAGAUAUGUAAUAUUGGAUCGUUUUCUUCAAUAAACAAAUGACCAAGUAACCAA